AAGCAGGAGUGUGUAAAGUAACUCGGCGUCGUGCGUGUCCGCAGCAGCAGCAGCGAUGAGGACGCAGAGCUGAUCAGGGUCUGCUGAAGCCCCUUUGCCGUGUCCAGUUGCUGCAGUGCUGCUCGGACCCUCUUUCUUUCGCUGCUGCAGAGCAUGAGUGAGCAGAGAGCGGAGCGCGCAUGGCGGGCGGAGUGAGGAGGGCGCGGGGGAAGCCAGGCGGGUUCGGCCGCUGCUGCUGGAGCCCCGGAGCCCCUCCACUGCUGCUGCUGCUGCUGCUGCUGCAGCACAGCUGCGCGCGGGCCACCACAGAUGACUCAUACUAUGAGGCAUCUGGAUCAUCAGCGUCAUCUCUGGACCAAGCAACCCUGGCCACCUCUCCUCAUCAGCUGGCUGGUUUGCUGAUGAUUGAUGAGGAUCCUGUCUCCGUCAUCCAGUCAGAUCCCACCAGUCUGUCAAAGGGCAUCAGAGAGGAGCCAGCCUUCUCCUCCAUAUUGACCCUACUGGCUGACACAGCUGCCAAACCCCAGAACCCUCUUCAUUCAGUGUCUACUCCGGAGAGCCGUAUUAGGAGUGACAACGAAACUACACAGUCGCCUUCAGAUGAUCCCAUUCAGAGAGCAGAGCCAUCCUUUAAGUUACCCUCCUCCUCUGCAGUGGUGCACAUUAGCAACCAGCCCUCUGCUUCAGAGGAGUCUGCACUGGAUGAGUGGGUUUCUCAGCUGGUGUCCUCUGUGGUUACGUCCAGAGAGACUGGCCUUCGCUGGAAAGAAAAUGACUCUGGUAUGACUCCACCCCAGAUGAAAAUUGCUACAUUUCCCAACAAACUUCUGAACACAUCCACACAUACAGAACCCACUACCCAGGAGGUCACUGCUAGCAGCGUCCCUCAGCUCACCACUGUCACCACCACAACUGUUGCCACGACAACUACCACAACCACUACUCCCUCUUCAGUGACCAAAACCACACAACCAACCAGCACAACUCAGUUAACCAGCACUAAAUCCACAACUACUACCACUACUACAACAACCACAGUUACAGCUAAGCCUUUGAGGACUAUAGCACCUGCCCUGCCUCCUACACGGACCACCAUCACCCAGCCUGCCAGGACCAGUGCACCAAGAGGCCCCACCAUUACCACAACUCAAACUCCUCCACUCAGCUGCAACGUCACUGACAGAAUGUGGGUUAAAACAGUUUUGUCCAUCCACUUACGGAGGAGCCGGUUUGAAAGUAUCCUGAAACAGAACCUUCCAAGAGGCCUUACUCUAGCUCUGGGGAAGGCCCUGAAUGACAGCUCUGUCCAGGCAAAGAUUGAAAGCCUGUCCAUAGUGCCAAAUGUAACGGUGGGUUACUAUGUGGCCCGUGGAGAAAUGGUCUACAUGGCCUCUGUGGUAGUGGAAGCUCUGACUGCUUACGGCUUGGAGAGACUGAUGGCUGAUAUUCGGCAGUUUGUGCCUUUGGUACAAGCAGUGCCCAUCCCAGCAGCCCCCUGGAGACCUAGCCCGGCCAUUUCACUGAUGCUGAAGACAGUUCUGAGGUUUGUAGGACCAGGAGAUGACCUGAGGUCCUGCAGGUUUUCUCAGAUGAUGGAGCAAAGGCUGGAAAAUGCUUUUGCUGAGGCUGAGGCCAAAGUGCUGAACUCCUACAGUGGACUCGCUGUACAGAUUCUCAGUGUGUCUCAGUCUGCUGGUUCUCCUGCUGUGUCUCUGAUAUAUGUGGUUCGGAACGGGAGUGUGGCCCUAAAUGGCACUGUGGCCAGUAACCUGCUGAGCCGACUGACAGCCGAGCUUGUGGGCUACUUCCUAUUUUACCCGCCCCUUAUCACUGCAGAGCCGUUGGAGUACCACAACCUCGACACCUCUUUGGCAACCAGGGAUUUCUGGGUAAUCACAGAGAUUCAGGAUGUGGAGAACUCUUCUCUGGAGGGUCAGUACCAGAGCUUUGCCAGUCUGAUGGAGCAGCGCUUGGCUGAGCUGUUCGUGGUGGCUCAUCAGCAAGGUGUUCGUUUUAGACGAGCCACUACAGUGGGAAGCUACACCGUCCAGAUGGUUGCUAUGAGGCGAGUGGCUGGACCGAAGCACCCGGCUGAAUUGACCUAUUAUGUCCAGCUAAACGGCGUGCCACUUCCUGGCACAUCUGCUGCUAAAAUCCUCAACACAGUGGACUCCCAGACCAUGGCUCUCACGCUGGGCUACUUUGUCCAGCUACAGGCUGAACCUGUGGUUAAGAACCCUUCCAACAACCUCUGGAUCAUCGCUGCUGUUUUGGCUCCUAUCGGCGUCGUGACCAUCAUCAUCAUAAUCAUCACUGCUGUUCUGUGUCGGAAGAAUAAGAGCGACUUCAAGACCGACGCCAUAGGCAACCUGAAUCCACGGGUCAAGACUGCUUACCGGAGAGACGUGGGUUAUUAUCAUCAGCCUGUUCAGGGGUUUGACUAUGCCAAGCAACACCUGGGCCAGCAGGGCGGCGAUGAAGAGACGCUGCCGGUCACUCAAGAGAAAAUGGUGCUGUCUCUGCCCAUCCGAGAUGCCUCCCUUUCCCUGGACAAAGUCAUUCACUCUGAUGGCACCAGCUCUAAAAAGACCAUGACCAAUGAAAUCAGAAAAAGCAGGUUGCCGAGCGAGGACGGUUCCGUCAUCAGCAGCGAAUCAGCGAAGGCCGUUCCAAGCAGAGGCUCGGCACCGCAGAAAGUGACAGCGCAGCAGAAACUCACAAAGGAGGAGAGCAGGAAGAGGAAUGAUCCUUAUGACACCUCCUCAGGUUCUCUCCAGCUUAUCUCCAUAAAGCCGAUGGCAGCUCCGCCUACCUACUCUCACCCUGCGUCUUCUGACCGCAGUCAGGAUUCAGCUGUCCUGAAUGGAGAGGUGAACUUGGCUCUGAAGCAGAAGUCAGACAUCGAGCACUACAGGAAUAAGCUGAGGCUAAAGGCUAAGAGAAAGGGUUACUACGACUUCCCAUCAGCUGAGGGCAGUGGCAGCUCUAAGGCCAUGAGUCAGAGACAUAGGCACGGUCAGGACAGAGCCGUCCACCCGCACAGCCCUGCAACACACACACCCACCACAGCUCCAGAGUAUGACGAUGAGAGGAGCUCCACCUAUGUGAAGUCUCGCAGGAGGCACUCUCAGGUGAGAUAUCCUGCAUAUCGCAGCAGGCAGUCCCUGAACAGCCCCAGCCCCGGCGGCACUGAGAUGGACCUGCUGGUCAUGAGAGAGAGGCCCAGGAAGGGUAUCCGCAACAGUGGCUAUGACACGGAGCCUGAGAUCAUCGAAGAGACUGACGUGGAUCGAAUGGCAGCUCGCCGCAACUACGGCUAUGGACGGCAGGCCAAAGGUCACUCCGAGACGUCCACUCUGAGCUCACAGCCCUCUAUAGACGAAGUCCGUCAGCAGAUGCACCUUCUUUUAGAAGAGGCCUUUAGCCUGGCUUCUGCUGGCCAUUCCACUUCCAGCAGACGGCGCCACUAUCACCACCACCACCAACAGCACCAGCAGCUGGGCCCUUACAGCCCUGGGCCCCCUAUACCCUACUCAGAUGUGGUGACAAGUGCUCCGGGAACCAUGAACCGUAGCCGAGGAGGCUUGCAGUGGGUUCCAGCAUAUGGACAGGACCUCUAUCAGUGCAGUCUGACCAAACCGACCUUCAGAUUCACCCAGCUGCCAGAAAUGGCCAUGGGCUCUCCUCCUCCACCUAUCCCCCCAAGAACAGGCCCACCUCCUGGGACCUCACUGCGAAGGUCCUCCUCCGAUCUUGGCCCAAAGGCUCGAAGCUCUGAAUCAUCCGUGCCAGACAUGCAGAGUCAGCACGACAAUGCCCGCUAUGUGCCAAUCAGCAGAGCACCGCUCCCACCUGUCACCACAGAGCCUAUACCCAAUCACUCAGGAAACCCUAUUACUGCUGUAUAUGCCAUUCCAGCCAGCAGGCCAGGAUACACAGGCUACUUCAUCUCAACACCCCCUUCAUCCUACCACAGUCCCUCCUGGAUGUCUUACCCACCGGAGCCGGAGGACGUGCCCUCACAGUGGGCAGAUUCUGUGCCCUUGCCGGGCUAUGCAGAAGCCUUUCCGCACCCACGUUACCCUCAAGGCAGUCCUCUUCUGUGGAAGCAUAGCCAGGGCAUGUCUUCUCAGGGGGCACCAGGGCAGCCCCCAUCUCCAUCCAUUGCGGCGUCCCAGCAGAGCCUGACUGAUCCAGGGGACCUGAUCAGCCCCGACACCCCCCUCAGCAGCCUCUCCACAUCGGCUCUGGUCAAGGCCAUCCGUGAUGAGGUGGCCAAGCUGGCUAAGAAGCAAGCUGACAUGUUUGAGUUCCAGGUCUAGAGCUCCCUCUGGAGGCUGAGAGGACAAACUGCACACUCUUGUGCUCUUAAAUGAUCCAGGAACUUUCUAGGAUCUUUGUUCGAAACGCCACCAUUUUUGACUUUUGUACAGGCAGGAUGCCAUGUGCUCUGGUAUUCCACUGGAUACUUCUGCUCCUGCAACUUCAAGGUUUAUGUGUUUCCUGAAAAGCCUGCUUGUUGUUUCUACUGCUGUGUUUCCCCUAUUUUCACCUCUGUCAGUGUAGUUGAACAUCAAGACAAAAUGUUGAUGAUAUUUUGGACAAAAGGCCCAGAAUCAUCAGCAUCUCUAUUAUGAUACCUCACUCAAAUUCCAUACUAGCAAGAGUGACGAAAUGUUGAAUUACAGUAAUUAUGAAAAGUAUGCAAAAUUACAGUACUAUGACAAGAUAUUGUUAUUUAACAUUCAAGUUUUUUAUGCUUCCGGUAGUAAAGACUCCAUAAUCCCUAUCACUACAUACUACAGGCUCGGGUGUGACAAUGUUAAGUAAGUAAAAGCAGGGCAUCUUUUCUGUUCAGACGUCUUACUUUCUAGCUAGGACAUAUUUAAAGCAAAAUUUCUCAAUCUGUUAAUGAAUAAAUAAUAAAGAAAAUACAUACAAUACAUAAGAAAAUAAUGCUAACUUUACAAAGUUUGAAAUGUACAGAAUCGUCCAAGUUAUGCUCAAUAAACAUAAAAAAAACUUUUACAUGUUUUUAUUCAUUCCCAAAAUAGGUUUUUAUUUAGGCAUAAGGGCUUUCUUUUAAUAUUUAAUAUUGUAUGUAAAAUCGUCUAUGCUAAAGAAGGGUUUUCUGUUUUGUUUCCAUGUUUCUAUACUGUUGAAUGAUUUUCACAGUAGUGUUCUUUCAGCGGUUUGUGAAUGUGUUUUAUGAAAGUCUCAAAUUCAAAGAAAUGAUUGUAUUGUAAUUUUUACUAGUACUGUAAAAAAGCACUUUAUCUUCAGUCAUGUUGAGAAAGCUGUCAAGGUUGUUUAAUACUGAUGGACAAUGUUUGUUUUUUGAGUUUAUGACUGUUCUUUAUAUCUUUUAGCACAAUCUGUGUACAUUAUGACAUGAAAAGCUUGAGAGUGUUUUCUUUUUUCCUGAUUUAAGUACUUAAUACAUGCUGAAUGCUGAUUUACCAUAAGAAUCACUUUAAACAUCUGUGCUUUUUUGGUUUAUUGUGUGACUUGUAUUAUUCCAAACAAGUACAGAAGUUGAAUAAGGUUGGAGCGGAAGCUUCUAUUGUCUUCAUGGUGGAGGUUUCUUUUGCGUUAGUCAUCCAUCUAUACAUUUUAUCCGUGUCCUAAGACUCUUACUCUAGUUCUCUGUGCAUAAAGUGUGAGAAAUGUGAGAAUAGGAUCAGAAUGGUAAAGGCCUGUAUAAUAUUAAAACCAAAUGUUUGUAUGUUGCCCCUGCCUGCCACCAAGUGUCCUGCACUUGUACCUUAUGUCAUUCCAUUUUAGAUCCUUUUAUUGACACAUGUAUAAAUUGUACUUUUUUUAAAUAUUUUUUUUCUCUAAGAGGUUCGAUGCCAGACUGUUAGCUACAGGCAAAGUGACCAAACCAAGUUAAUGGGAGCACUUGUAACUCAGAGUCUGGUACCCAGACUGCAUUUAUGAAUGCUUCACUGUUGAGCAUUUGCAAAUAGAUUAACAUUAUUGAUUUUUCUUUUUCUCCCUUUCAUUUUUUUGGCAGGUAAGAAUUUGUGCAUAACAGCCCACACCACACUACUGAUUCUAACACUUAAAUAAGAAUCUAAUAAAAGCAAUGGCGAAGAAAACAA